AGUUCAUUUGCCAUGUCUAAGUCGGCGGUGAAGAAGCUGCACUGGCGUUCAAAGGUGCUAGACAGCUUUGUACCUCUGCAAGGUUCGUCGGGAGAGCUGGGCAUCGCCAUCGGUGGAGGAGCAGAUUAUGGAGAGUUUCCCUUUGUCACGUCAGCCCCGGGUGGUGGCCUCACUGUGGGUGACAUCAUCCUAGAGAUUGGGGGAACACCAGUUUUAGGGAUGACAUUAGGAGAUGUCCGUGGUAUCCUCAACUCUUGCCCCCAUCCUAUCCGCAUCAAAACUGUGUCACCAGGCCCCACAUUGUGUAAGGACCUCAGGUUGUAUCUGAGUAAGUGCUUCACACCCGGAUCAGUGGACAGCCAACUUCAGCAGGUCAUCAGAGAGAACCUCUACCUCCGUGCUGUACCUUGUACAACCAGACAGCCCAGAGAGGGGGAAAUCUCAGGGGUAGACUACAACUUUGUCUCUAUUGAGGAGUUUUUCUCUUUGGACGAAUCGGGAGCGCUGCUCGAGAGUGGAAAGUUCAAAGGGAAUUACUACGGCACACCUCGGCCCGUUCACGUUAGUGCAGAGAGCCCCCCCAUCACCUACCAGGAACACCGCAACCUGCUCAGAAACUUCCGCACACGCAGCAAAUCGCUCAGCAACUUGGAAAAGGCUGCACCAGAAGGCAUACACAACGAGGGAGACUCGGGAGGCUCUGCGGGUGUUAGCAGCAGCAUCCCUCUUGGUCACCGGUCUCCCGGUCGCACACGAGCAUCCAGUAGCGGAGGCGAUGGUCACGUCAUAGAAAACGGCAUCAUCAGCAGCAGGAGUGGUGCCAGAGUGAGAGGCGUGAUGCCCGAUCACUGGGAGCAGGCCUUCAGUGACCCAGGAGAGUCAGUUUACAUAGAACGCAACCCAAAGAGGACCAGCUGGCAGAGUCAUCGAGCCUCAAGCAGGGAAAACCUCUACAAAAACGACUGGUUCACGGACGAGCCUGGGGACCUCAGGGGUUUCCCUGUGCACACGCACUUGAUCAAAGGCCCCAGAGGGUUUGGUUUCAAUAUUGUGGGGGGAAGCAGGCCGAGAGAGUUCCUGCAGGUGUACAGUGUGACAGAAAGUGGACCCUCCACUCUUAAGACAGCGGACAUCCUGGUGUACAUCAAUGAUGUCUGUGUGUUGGGAAUGUCUCACAAAGAGGUUGUAGAGAUGCUCAAGGUGGUGUCUGUAGGCCACAGCGUGGAUGUCGAAGUUAGAAGAGGGUAUCCAAUGCUCUACAACCCGGAUGGUUAUCCAAAGCACUCGAGGUUACUGGACAGUGUGGACCCCAUCCUACCGCCCACCACCACCCAACCUCAAUCUCUUCACCAACUACCUCGCCUACCAGCACCCUCACCCCACAUGCAGCACUUUAAUGGGGUUCACGGUGAUGGGAGGUACAUGGAGCCUGGCGUGACUCUGGACACAAAUGGAAAUGCCAUGUCUGUCACCUCCAGACACCUGCCCCCUUACAGACGCUCCAGUGUGAGCAAUGCCGUCUCUUUGUCCCCUGUUCGCCCACCUCGCUCCCACAGAAGUUUAGCCAGGCUGCAGUCACUCGACCCAACAAUGGCAAGCCAAAGUGACAGCGAAGUUGUUUCUGCGAUUGGUUCACACAGGGCAUCAAUGAUCCGUAAUCACAACAAUAACUCACUCGCGACACCUCGUCAUCCUUUACUUUAUGGAACAUCCAAGUCGUCUGAGAGUGACCUGUCCACCCUGUCGGGGUCCCGGCUGCCCCUGCCUCAGUCCCCAGGAAGGCCCUCCUCUUCCCCCGGUGGUCCCCGCAGCACUCAUCCCCACCUAUUCAGACCACAGACCUCCCAUCUCAGACCUCCAACCCCAGACAGCCCGCAACACCGUGGCUUUAAUGGUUUCCAGGGCAACACCAGCCCCACUGCAAGUCCCAGCAGCAUGUCCUCACCUGGGGCAAUGAGUGUAGGCAGUGGACUUGGCGCUUUCAGUGGAGGGGAGCUGGUGCCAGUGGCCUUGGCCCAGACUGAAGGAGACAGAGGCCUGGGCUUCAGCAUGACGGCUGGCGGUCCAGGAGGCACUAUUGCUUUAGUGAAUCGAGUUUGGGACAGGAAGCAGUGCAACUCCCUGCAGCCAGGGGACGCUGUUGUCAAAAUCAACGGAGCUGACGUCCAGAGCCUUAGCUUUACACAGGUACAAACAAUUAUCCAGGAGCACGCCAAACGGGGAGAAGUCAUCUUACUGGUUUACAGAGGAGGAGUCUAUCAUUCAGCUGUCUCCCCUGGAACUAUCCGGAGACUCCCUCCACCUCUGCUCCGUCCCCCUCCUCCACCUGACAAUUCCUCUGUGCUCCCAGAAGCACUGCAAGUGCCCCGGACCUCUGUCGGCACACCUCCCUCUCCAGCACGUUCCUCGCUAAUCCAGAGCACGAGUUUCUUGGAGUCCAUUCCAGUAACCCUCACUAUGGAGCCCAAAGACUGGAUUAACACGGGCCUGGAGGAUGAAGCUGCCGGCGUUCCAGUGCUGGAGAAGCAGAGCGGUGAACGAACUCGGCGGCAUCAAGGAAUUGAAGUGGAGCUGAGGAGAAAGCCAGGAGAAGGCUUUGGCUUUGUGAUUGCCUCACAGGACGUGGAGAAUGGGAAAGCUGCUUCUCUUCUGCCUCACCGGUUUGUGACGGUCCGUCGUGGCAGUCCUGCGGCAAAGAGCGGUCAGAUCCGGCCCGGGGAUCGUUUAGAGGCUGUAGAGGGACGCUCGGUGGUGACUCUGCCACAUCGGGAGCUCGCUCAGAUACUUCGCCGGGCAGGAAAUACUCUACGUCUUACCAUUGUCCCGCGUUCCAGCACCUACUCUGCAAACCUUCCGGAAACUGCUGACUAUGACUCUGGUCACAGAAACAGAAAGGGACAGAGGUCACGUCCAAAGCGGGACUCCAGGUAUUACAGUGUGGAUCUGGAUCGCGGCCCCUCAGGAUUCGGCUUCAGCCUCCGAGGAGGAAGUGAGUACAACAUGGGCCUCUACGUUCUGGGACUGAUGGAGGGAGGGCCUGCAUCACGGAGUCAAAAAAUGCAGGUGAGCGAUCAGCUUGUGGAGAUAAACGGGAACAGUACAGCCGGGAUGACCCACAGCCAGGCCGUCGAGCAGAUCCGCAGAGGAGGCCACCGCAUCCACCUGGUCCUCAAGAGAGGAAAUGGCUAUGUGCCUGAUUAUGGCCAUGAGCACCAAAUCACCUCCUCCCCCCUCCUGCAUCACCCCAAGAAGCAGGGUUUGGCUGCAGUAAACUCCACCGGACGAAGGGGGCGCAGUUCACAAGAGAAGAGGAGAAGCAGGUCAAAGGGAGGCGAGAGGGAUGAUGGGACGGGAAGGAGAAGAAGACAUGUCUCAGGUGAAGGACAACGCUUGCGUUUACAAAGCCCCAUGUCUGAUCAGACAGAGAGGUUGAGGAGAGCCAGGGACAGGAGGAGGAGAGAAAAAGCUUCUCAGAGUUUACCUAGAGAUGCCCUAAGAAACUAUGAUGAUAGCGACACGGAAACGAGGGCAGAGAGGGGAACGAAAAGAGGAAAAUGCAGGGGGAGUAGCAGGAGCAGGGAGAGGAAAAGCAGGAGCGAAGAGAGGGAGAGGAUGUUAGAGAGAGAAGAGUUUAUGAAUCGGGACAAGCUGAUGAGGGUGGGAGAAAGGAGGAAGGAGGUGGUGGAAACGUUUGAAAGUGAGAGCGAAGACAGUGACGGGGAAGUCAUUUUACCAAUUCCAAGUCUUACCCAAAAGCUUCCCAGGCCCAAAGAAAUCUGGGAGGAGGAGAGCGAUGACGACUGGGGUAUGGCAGCAGAGUACAGAGAACUGAGGGAAGAAGGGAAGCCAGAGACUGAGUGGGAGAGGUCCUGGGGUGAUGACAGCAGAGAAAGUAAAGACACAGGGCUGAAUCGGUAUGAAAAAGAGGACAACGUUGAACAGAGCAGCAGCGUCAAGCGGCCUUUACGAAGCGUGGGUGUGAUUGAUCCGGAGUCACAGAGAAAGCCCUUCUCCUUCCUCGCUUCCACACUGUCCAUAGAUCAGUUGGGGGAUGAUGAGUCAGACUCUGAAGGCAGCCACUCUGACGGAAGUGUGUCUGCUGCCAGUAUCUCAACUCUUUCUUUGGUCACCACACAGCCAGGUCCUUGGUUCAUGCCCAGCCAGCAGAGACUGACUCAGGUCAUGAAGGAGAACAGGCAGGCGGACAGGGCGUGGGGGAAGAAGAAGAAGUGAUGUCUCUUGACUUUUAACAGGAAACUGAGCAUCCAUUGUAACAGAUUCUGUCAGAUUCACACUGUUAGACCUCUACUUGUUUUCUGCAGCUACCCCCACUACCAACCUUUUUUUCUCUGAGUCACUUUGAUAUUUAAAGUAGUAUGAAGUCAUAUUCUUUGUGCCUUUUUACAGCUGGUCUCUGGCUGUUAAUAUUUUAACUUGUAAAUGACACCAACAAAACAAGAUUAUCCCUCUCCCAACAGCGUCAUUGUCUUUUCUUCCUCCCCUUCGGCACUGUUGCCCUACUUAAGUUGCACUUUCGUCUUUUCUCACCUACCAGUGAUUCACACUACAUUAACAGUGUCCUCUCUCAAAGGGACAGUUCACCCUAAAAUCAAUUUUGGCAUUUAUUUCCUCCAGUUUGUAGUGCUUUUUGUCCAUCUAGAUUAUUUUAGUGAUACCUAUUUGUGGUUGGUCUUCUUUUAAAUGUAUAUAUAGAACUAAAUGGCACUCGUGUCUUUGAAAAACUCAGCAGCAGGGUCUCUUUUGAGAAAUCGAUACCCAGCUACUAAGAAAGAAAAUGUUGGUGUAAGCAGUUUUCAUGUAGGAAAUGUUUUCUUUCUACAGUGCUGCACUAACCAACCAUAUCACUGUGUAGAAGGAGCGAGCAUCUACCUGUAACAAGAAGCGUGCCCAUGUGACAGAGUGCAAAUGUUAAUUUGUGUCCCCCUUCACUUGAGUUUUAGUGUUAGGUAGCUACAUUUUUCUUUUGCAUGGUAGAUGUAGUUCAGUAGAAGCAAAGUAGUUUCAAAUUCUUGAAUAAUCAGGCUUAAAAACCCUCUUAGUAUCAUUUUAUUCCAACAAAGCACUACGCUGUUAGAUUGCAGGAUUACUUGUGGUUCUUCUAAAAGUAGAAUGGGAGGCAGUUUUUCACUUCUUUCCACCAUCACCAGCUGCUUGCUUAUAGAGGAUCACCAGAUUUCUUUCUUAGUAUUGUGAGCAUCUCAUCUUAACAGACACUGCUGCUAAUUUAACAGCAUAAAUAGCACUGCAGGCCAGAGGAAAAACAAUACAUUUGAUUUUCAGUCAAGCUGUCCCUUUAAGUAUCCCCUACUGUUUAAACACAACAUAGAAAUUCACUUAUACCUCAUGAAGAUAUUGAGCAAUAAUAAUGCAAUCAGUAAUCCAUAUCCACUGCGCCGCAUCUAUCUGGCCUGAGAGGAGUCAGUGUUUGUACAGCAUCCUCUUUGUGUUGCCUCAACUUGUAAUCUUGUUCUAUAUUUGAUUGUGAUAAUGCAAAUCCCUUUUAAAAGCCAACGGUAUAUUCUGUAAAUAUCUGUAGACAACAGAAAGCACUGUAAAUACUAUACUAAAUGGAACCGGAUUUAUAUUGAAAUAUAUAUAUAUAUUAUAAUAUGUCUAAACAUUUGAAUAUAUGCAGUAUAUAUCUAGAUAUUACAAACAACAGCUAACUAUUCAUAUUAUUUAUUAUUGUGUGAUGACAAAUAAUGUGAGAACUAGCUUUUGUGAAGGCUAAAAAUGUAAACAGACUAAGAACUAUAUUGUAGCCGUCCUAUUUAUACAUGAAUGUUUUGUAUUAUGCUGCUUGGGUGUGGAUUAGAAUGCUCUGUGUCGUACCCUACUUCAGAAGUCAGCAAAAGAUGCCAAAAUAUGCAUCAGGUGCGUGCAUAUUUCAAGUACUGUUAAAUAUUGUGUAUGUGGGGUCAGUACAAAACCACUAUCUAGAUUCUAAAGAGUGCUGUGCCCAUCGUGCCACGUACUGUUGCCUUGGUAACAUAAACCACUUUAUCCUAACCACUGAUUUUUCUUACUGUGAAAACCUUUGCUCUGAGGUCUCUCAUACUAGAAGUGUGUGGGCUGUUUAGUAAUUUAAGUCAUGCCAAAAAAAGGCCCCACAAAAAUAUAUUUAAAAGAAAUAAUAAUAAUCUGCAGAAUCUGAGCUCGGUGUUGCAUCUGAGGUGACAAAUUAGCACAUUGUUUUCUUUUGCUCUCUUUCUUUUUUUAAAUAUUCUGUUGAGGGGGAAAAAAACAGAAGCCAAGUUGAAUGGAUACUGUGAGAUGUUAUUUUUCUAUGAAAUUAUCUUUUUUGAUAUACUCAGGUUUUCUUGAUAAGCCAUUAGGAGGAAAAGCUACAGUCACUUCACGCCAUUUUCGUAAACACACGCAACGGAUUAAUGUUAUUUAAAUGUUAAAGCAAUAUUACGUUGGUUCUCUACGGUGGCAUUUGGAGACACAGACUGUUACAGCUGUUAUUUGUUAGCACUCCAUAAUCAUUUAAAGGUUGAUGCCAUAAGUGACGUCAUUCCUCCAUUUGUACCCAGAGGAACAAAGCAGAGAAAUAAAAAGCGUGGUGUUCUCUGUCUGUUUGCUGAAAGACAUUACAGCAGCCAAACGGACAUACUGUAUUCUCCAUCCAACGGCCAUACAGUGUUGCUAGGUAGCCUAUAUAUAUAAGACCUUUUUAUAUAUAUAUAUAUAAAUGUUUGCCAAUAUUCUUUUUUUUUUUCAUUUCCUAAGUAUGGCUGAACUGUAAACACACUAAUAAAAGUGCAAAUAAACUGCU